AGUUACGCGGUGGCCGGCUUUUCGAACGGACGACUAGCACGACUGCUUGCCCAAGACACCCAGACUCGAUCCCGCCUCGGGAGGCUGUCUCUCCCUCUGCGUUUAUCUCCCCUCUGCCUCUCGGUCCAGCACCGAGAUCCGAGCACCAGCGGCUCUGCCCGCUCACUGGGGAGCAGCCGUGUUUCGGAACCGUGAGCCGCAGUCAGUGUUCGUGCCGCGGAAUCGGUUCACUUCAAGGAACCAGAUAGAAGUCGCUCGGUUCUACACUGGCGGGCACGUGGCUCCGGUCAUUCGGAGGGUGACGUGAUCAGUGCAGUGGAUGUUUAAGUGACCAGCCCCUGCAUGCGCUACCCCAGAAACGCUCAGAUCGGGCUUCUGCGACCCACGGUAUCACCAUCGGCAAGUGGGAAGUUUCUCGGAACCGAGGUUCGCCGCACGUCGCCUCCAGGUUCGUCAUAAUGAGAUCGGUAACUGACAUAUCACUCUAGAAUACCACUGCACAAGUAGAAAAGCGAACAAACAUUAUGUCACUUAUCUGAUGGUGAUUAGCAAACCGGCCUGUGGGACAUCCUGGCUCUGCACGAACCUGUGGAUCACCUUUGAAAACCAUUCCAACGGUACAUUAACACUGAUAUGUAGUAUGCCAAUCACCUGCACACCUUGACUUGCAAGUGUAGUUGUUUGAUGGAACUCGCAUCGCGUAAUCAACCCCUGAAUCAGGACUACUGAUGGGAUGCUUUCCCCUUUUCGUAACAGAGUCAUUCCCUUCUCACAUCCGUUCGCUUCACCACCUGCUGAUUAACUGACUACUUCACGGAUGAGGAUUGGGAGUCUCAACUGAUUUCUGCAUCAGUGGCGAUAAUGGUCGCCAUCUGCACUGCGAGAGAGGGUCUGCGUUGAGGAGAAAUUGAAUUGGGUUUAUUAAUGUACAGUGUGUCGUACAAAUGUAAAUAAAGAGAGAGAAAGAGAGAGAGAGAGAGAGGGAGAGAGUUCUUCGGUCAUAACAAACCGUCGAAGGAGCGAAGCACUUUCUCGAGUCCCCCGGCCCCGGCGGUUGCGUCCGGCUGCUUGGGGAUGGUGGCGGAGGAAAGCCGAUGAGAGGUGAACUAGCAGGUUCUUCAGUUGAUGAGAAAAAACCACAGAGGGGUUAGUUGUGCGAUGCGUACUGUCGAGAGUGCCGGGACUACGGAGACUACGACGCCUUGUACCGGGUCAGCCCAGGACCUCCACAUCUGCAGCUUGUACCUGUCGUCCCAACCCUCCUCCGCGGGAGUCCGCAGGAGUUUCGACACCGGAGAACCUCCAUUGGCAGCCUCGGCCUCGGCUGACUCCAACAACAAUGACAAUCAUCACCGGAAUCUAGAGUCCUUCGAGCCCCACCUUGGUCAGCGUCUCGAGUCCAGGACGAAGUGGCAGCUGCAGCAUUCUCCGAUCGGCGAAAGUGAGAACAGUAACAGCAACAGCAACAGCAGCCUGCAACAUCCGAGGGUUUUGUCUUCUUCAUCUGGUGGAGUAGCUCGAAUCGAGGCUGCUGAGCAAUCGGCGCCAGCAACGACGCCACAGUCUCAGGUUCAGCAGCAAGUUACUGGAAUUCUUCAGCAGUGCAACGCGGGUCAAAUUUCCUCCCCCGUAUCCACGAACGUUAUAGCAAUAAAUUCAGCAGCUCCUUCGGUAGCCAUAACCGCCUCAAACGCGGUUCCUCCAGUGAACCGAUUAGUGCAAUCACAUCCUGCUGCAGGUGUCAACAACGCUGCGACAACCACCACAGCAUUUACCGUCGCUUCAAGUAUGCUCCUGCUGCAGACACAGAGCCCCUUCGGAUGUAGCAGUUUCGCGGACCUCCUAACGGCGCCAUACGCGGACCCAAUAGAGGGCGGUAAUUUGUCAGAAGAGCUUGACCCGUUCCCGGAACUAAGUUUGGGUAACCAGACGCACCAGGGAACGGUCUCGACGGAGUCACACAGCGCGAAUUCGCACCCCCAGCUGUUACCGGGUGACGUGCAGGCGGACUCGCUGAGUCCAACCCCGCUUCCCAGCUUCCAGGAGACCUACACCGUCCAGCGAUACACGAGGCAGGAGCUCCAGGGUCUGGGGAUCAAGAUGGACGAGGAUUGCUACAGCAACCAGGUCUACCCCACAGGCCCAUACCCAGAGUACCAGGCUGCAGUGACCUACAGCCACCAUCACCACCAUCAGGCCUACUACCAACCCGAACCCCCUCCGACCCCCGUUCCCCAGGAGUCUCAGUACUCACCCAUGCCCAUGGUGUACAGUUCGCCUGCCACCACCCCCGUGCCUCCGCCUUCGACCGUUCCCAUCGACCUUCACACCGCGGCCACUGUCACACCCAGGCAAGGACGCGCGGCACUUCCUCUUCAGCGGUCAGAGUCGACUAGUAGUAACGAGUCACCAAAGCCACGAGGAGGUUCGGGGUCCGUGGGAUCAGCCUCACCGGGUACAGGUGAACGGGCCCCACCAAGUCCGAGUCAAUUGUGCGCAGUGUGUGGUGACACGGCAGCCUGUCAGCACUACGGGGUGCGAACAUGCGAGGGAUGCAAGGGUUUCUUCAAGCGGACGGUGCAGAAAGGUUCGAAGUACGUGUGCCUGGCGGAGAAAGCUUGUCCGGUGGAUAAGCGCCGGCGGAAUCGGUGCCAGUUUUGCAGAUUCCAGAAGUGCCUGAUGGUCGGGAUGGUCAAGGAGGUCGUCAGGACGGACGACCUCAAGGGUCGUCGCGGCAGGCUUCCCUCGAAGCCUAAGUCGCCCCAGGAGUCGCCUCCUAGUCCGCCCGUCUCCAUGAUCACAGCCCUGGUUAGGGCACACCUAGACACAACCCCGGAUCUUGCCAAUCUAGACUACUCCCAGUACCGCGAGCCGGGACCGGCUGAACUUCCGGUUACCGAAGCCGAGAAAAUUCAACAGUUCUACGGACUACUUACCACCUCUGUUGAUGUCAUACGUAAUUUCGCUGACAAAAUACCAGGAUUCACGGAACUCGCCAGGGAAGAUCAGGAGUUGCUGUUCCAAUCGGCAAGUCUGGAGCUUUUCGUUCUGCGGCUUGCCUAUAGAACGAAAUCGGACGCGACUCAACUGACCUUCUGCAAUGGGGUUGUUUUGGCCAGAGCCCAGUGCCAGAGAAGCUUCGGGGACUGGCUUCACGGCAUUCUCGACUUCUGCCAAGGUCUUCACAGUCUCGACGUUGAUAUCAGCGCGUUUUCUUGCCUCUGCGCUUUGACGCUCGUCACCGAGAGACACGGUCUGAAAGAGCCGCACAAGGUGGAGCAACUGCAAAUGAAAAUAAUAGCCUCGCUAAGGGAUCACGUUACGUAUAACGCAGAGGCCCAGCGUAAGGCCCAUUACUUUUCGCGUCUUUUAGGAAAAUUGCCAGAGCUUAGAAGCCUCUCGGUGCAGGGCUUGCAGAGGAUUUUUUACCUAAAACUUGAGGACCUUGUUCCCGCCCCGCCACUCAUAGAGACGAUGUUUGUCGCGAGCUUACCCUUUUAAUAAUAAUUACAUAUUACGUAAGAUAAGAUGUUAUAAAUACAUACAUGUAAUGUGUACUAUAUUAUAUGUAUAUUGCAUACAUACACUGCACAAUAUUUAUGUUGAUAUAUCUAUGUGCAUAUAAUAUAUAUAAUAUAUACAUAUAUAUUUUUUUGUGUGUGCAUAUGUAUAUCUUUAUCUGUUUCAUGUGUAUCGCAGUUCAUGUUGUACCUACCUUGGAAUCGAAAGGCUGAAAUUUGUUCAAUCUAUUUUCGGUCUUUCUCUUCAAGUAUCGUGCAUCUACGGUAUAGCACAUAUCUUUUUCGCAUCUUUUUUAGCAUACUUGAGUUAUUUCGUAUACAAUAUAUACGACGUGAUUUUCUUUUAUUUCACUAUACUUGUACAUAGA